AUGUCUUCCAUCAAAGAUGGUGAUGAAAACGAAGCUGUAACUAAUUUCCGAGAAUAUUUACGUAUUCCCACCGUUCACCCUGAUGUUGAUUAUAGUAAAUGUGUUGAAUUUCUAUUGCGUCAAGCCCAAAGCCUGAAUCUUCCAUCAAAUAUUUAUUAUAUGGCCCCUGGUAAACCAAUAGUAGUGAUAACAUGGCUCGGGCAGAAACCAGAACUUCCUUCUAUACUACUUAACUCUCAUACGGAUGUUGUUCCAGUUUAUUCUGAAUUUUGGACUCACGAUCCAUUUUCUGCACAUAAAGAUAAAAAUGGAAACAUUUACGCUAGAGGAGCACAAGAUAUGAAAUGCGUUGGAAUACAAUACAUAGAAACAAUACGAAAAUAUUUAAAAGAUAAAUUAGUAUUUGAUAGGACUAUACAUAUGUUAUUUGUGCCUGAUGAAGAAACGGGUGGACAUUUGGGAAUGAAAUUGUUUGUUAGGUCCCCUGAAUUUGCAUCAUUAAAUGUAGGUUUUGCAUUAGAUGAAGGAUUGGCUAGUAGCGAUGAUAGUUUCAGUAUAUAUUAUGGAGAACGAACUCUAUGGCAUCUCCAAAUAAAAUGUACUGGUACACCUGGACAUGGGUCCUUAUUGCACGAAAAUACAGCUGGAGAAAAGCUGCAAUAUGUCAUUAACAAGUUUAUGAAUUGGAGGGAACACGAAAAAUUAAGAAUGAAAACUUGUAAAUUGCAUUCUGGAGAUGUUACAUCAAUAAAUUUAACGAUGGUAAAUGGAGGAUGUCAAAUUAAUGUGGUGCCACCAGAGUUGACAGUUAGUUUUGAUGUACGAUUGAGUAUUGCUGUAGAUGUUACGACAAUAGAAAAAACUGUUAAAGAAUGGUGUGAGGAAGCUGGUGAAGGGGUAACUAUGGAGUUUAUGAGUAAAAGCGCAUUCAUACAACCUACACUAAUUGCACCAGAAAACCCUUGGUGGGUUACAUUUAAAAACGAGUGUGAUAAAAUGAAUUUGAAAACAAAAACGUAUAUUUUUCCUGGCGCAACAGAUAGUAGAUAUAUUAGAGAGAUUGGUAUUCCAGCUUUAGGAUUUUCACCAAUAAAUAAUACUCCUAUUCUUUUACAUGAUCAUGAUGAAUUUUUGAAUGAGAAGACAUUCCUGGACGGCAUAGAUAUUUAUUAUAAUAUUAUCAAGAGCCUUGCAUCUGUUUGA